UCUUUUCGGUUUCACUGCCGCAAAAACUAUAAAACCAAAAUACACUUUUCUAAUGCAGUUUUUUAUGCUCUUUCCGAGAAUGAAAUUCUUUUUUUCGAGAAAUGAAAAAUAAAAAAGUUAUGGCCAGUUAAAGAUGGUUAUUUCCUAUGCAUUUAUUAAGAAACUUAAUUUUCAUUUUUUCCUCAGAUAAUAUGGCUAGCGACGAAUAUAGUCUAAAGUGGUUUUGGGAACACCUUCAAUCCAAUGAAAGUACUGUCAACUUUCUGCAGAACCACGGAAUAAUACCGAAAGAGAAAUUGUGCCAGAAACACCAUCCAAUGACCAUAGAUUACAAGAGGUCUUCCUGGAGAUGCCACAAGGGUCGUUGCCGGGAAGAAGUAAACCUACGCAAAAACACGUGGCUAGAAGGAUCUACUUUGCCCAUGAAUAAAAUCAUUGAAUUCAUCUAUGCAUGGACAAAAGAAUACACGAGCAUAAAAUUCUGCAGGGACGAACUGGGUAUUAGCCAUGACGCGGUUGUGGACUACAACAACUAUCUAAGAGAGGUGUGUGCCCAUGAAAUAUUAAACAACCCUGUAAAGAUUGGAGGUCCAAACUGCACCGUGGAAAUUGAUGAAACAGUCUAUGCUAAAAGAAAGUACAAUAAAGGAAGAAUGCUGAAGGAACAGUGGGUGUUUGGAGGCGUUUGUAAAGAAACUAGAGAUGUCUUUCUAUAUGCCGUAGAGCGAAGAGAUCGGAGUACACUGGAGAGCUGCAUCAAGGAAAACAUUCUACCAGGUAGUACGAUCGUUAGCGACAUGUGGAAGGCAUAUGAAAAAAUAGAGGAUAUUUCUGGGUACAACUUUAAGCAUUUAACAGUAAAUCACAGUGAAAACUUUGUAGAUCCUAUCACUGGAGCUCACACACAACAAAUUGAAAGCACCUGGAAUUUGCUGAAACGCCGUAACAAAAGGCACUGUGGAACUAAGCGUGAAAUGAUGGAUGGUUACCUAUGUGAAUUUAUUUGGCGUCGCCGGCAUGAGGGACAAGACUUAUUCAAGGUGGUACUAGAAAAUAUUUCAAAAUUCUAAAUUUUAAAGAUUUUUAUGAAAGGAAAUAAACACCUUUAAAUAGCCAUAACUUUUUUUUUUUUUUAAAAACGUUGUGUUUUUUAAAGAUUUUGUGUUCUUAACAAAUACAUAGGAAAUAAACACCUUUAAAUAGCCAUAACUUUUUUAUUUUUCAUUUCUCGAAAAAGAUAAUUACAUUUUCGGAAAGAGCAUAAAAAACUGCAUUAGAAAAGUGUAUUUUGGUUUCAUAAUUUUUGCGGCAGUCAAACCGAAAA